AUGGCUCGCUGGCUAGACGAGGCGCCCAGCGCCCCAGCAGUUACGCCCUUCCAGUUCCGGCUGCAGCAUGUCCAGGCACCAGCGGUCGAGGUCAGGGACUCAAUCGCUGAGGGCCGAUCCAAUAUCUGCAAGGAGUCAACGACUGGCCUUUUUGUGUUUCUGCCAAAGAGGAUUGUGGCAAAGAAUGUUGAUGCUGCGGCUACACAAAUACUCCGUCAAGUGGAGAACAAUCGCAAUUCUAAUGUGUUCUACUUCGUUGGCUGGCAAGGAUGGGGGGCAUCAGCUACUCUCAAAGCGGCAGUGCUGCGUCUAAAAUCCCCAGGAUCCAAGUUUGACAAGGUUAUCCAUUUGGAUUGCUCAGUGUGGAAAAGCAGGAGGGCCCUACAGAAGGCCAUUGCCGAGGAGCUAGAGCUCCCCCAAUCAGUGAUGUCCAUCUUGAGCCGGCACGACAAGGAGGAUGAUUUCAACGGCGUGGAAGAAAGCAAUAGAAAGGAGGUACGGGAAAUCUAUAGGCACAUCUACAGAAGGCUUGCCGACAUCAAUAGGUUAGCUGUGGUCUUCCAUAACGGAAGUGGGAGCUACAUUGACCUGAACGAGUUUGGUAUCCCACUGAAUCCAAACUUUGAAGGCAACAUGCUGUUGUGGACAGUGCAAGGGAGGUUUAGACCCUCUGUCACACCAGAUAUUCACAGCAUAAAUGAUCUGAAUCCUGGUGGGGUGCACCUUUAUGGUAGACUGGCAUAUACCUAUCCUCCAUACGGAUAUGACAAAGAUUACAUUGACGACGGCCUUGAUAUUGAUAGAAAUGGCAGUUUACUGUGGGGCUUUGUGCAUGAGGAAGCCAAGGAGGUUGCUCAGUACACCGGUGCCAUCGACCACAUGGUAGUGGAGGCGUGCAUCCUGUACAUGUGGAAGUUGCAGGGCAUGGGUGGCUUAGAUUGGGCUACCCAUGCUUCAAACUACUGGGUUUGUGACGGCAUUAUACAAGGUGGUAGCACUGAAGCAUCGGCUUGGAAGAUUGGUGACGCACUGCAGAGAAACAUACACUUGAAUUGGAAUUGGAGGUAUAUGCGCCAAGCCGUUUCUUCCUCAACUGCUCUCCAGCAUCAUCAUUUGGCACGGCCGCCAGUGAUUUGCUGCCCUUCAUCCUCCUCGAAGAUUACCAGUGUGCCUGCGGAAGAGACUUCCUUUUUUCUGUCAAAUUAUGAAAAUGAAGAAUCUCCCUCUAGAGGAGUUGCUACUGCUGACACAGCAAUACCAUUACCAGCUUCUGUGUUCGAACAUUCAGCCAGUAGUAUGCAUGUGCUGCAUCUCUCUCAAUGCACCUUUAGAUUUGCAUCUCCACCCUUCCUCUGUUGCAGCAACCUAAGGUUCCUCCUCCUCCACCGUUGCGAGGACGACGGCACAAGUAUCACACCAGAGGACAAGGAGCUUGACCAGAGUGGAGCAUGGAGGGCUUGUUUCUGGAAGCUGCGAGUAUUGGAUUUGAGCUACACAGACUGGUGCUGGUUGCUGUCAGAAAGGAUGAUGAACAUAAUGGCCAACCUCAGAGAGUUGAAUGUAAGGGGAAUCAAGAAUUGGAGCACAAGUGAUUUACCUGGUGGUGGCAGCCUUGUCAAGCUCCGAGUAACAGAUGACAAUGUUGCUGAUCUGCCCAGAUCCGUUGGCGCAAGCUGUGCUGACACACAAAGAUUAAUAUAUGAAAACUCUGCUACGCUGGAACAAGCCGUCCUCGUCAACAAUGCUACUUAUGAUGUUGAAAGUGAAGGUGCUACGGUCAACAGGCUAUGCAACAUCUCCUUCCGUGGCUGUGCUCAGUUGAGGAGUAUAAUGCUGAGAGGAUUGCUUGGGUGCCUCCACGAGCUGGACCUCUCUUGCACAGCAUUGGAAACCCUCGACUUGCGGGAGGUAGAAGCCCGGGGACUGAAGCAGCUCAUCCUACUAGGCUGCCAGAAGCUUCGAGCAAUACUGUGGCCACAAGGUUCAUCGUCUAUUACUGCGACCCUGGACGUGUUCCGUAUGAGCACCACCACCCAGUUCGCAGCAUUGGACCAGCAAUCACCGCAUCUAUGUAGAUGGGAAGAAAAUAGCAAGGAGGCCAACUCUGCAUCUAUCAUAGGAUCAUCGUCUAUUUCUGCAUCCUUUGACAGCGACUGGUACAUUUCUGUAAGGGACGCGAGACUCCUUCGGUCACUUCGAGACUUUCACACCAGCCAAUACAAUAGCUAUCCCAUUAGCAGGCCCGCACGUGUUGAGAUAUCUUCACCACCGGCAUCUGGUGCUUCUGUUGCUGCUCAAGGAACCAGUAUCUUGCAGCAGCCUGUACAUGAUGUAGCAACGGCAUAUGCGGGAGAUGCCAUCACUCGUAACCAACUUAUUCAGUAUGAGGCUGCUGCUGCUGGAGAUGAUGGUAGUGAUGGUGAAGGCGCAAUCCGCUGGAUCUGGGAUUGCCCGACGACCGGGACGAUGCAUGGUCAUGGCUGGUACAUCCACGUACAAGAUGAUGAAGAGGAUGAUGAGCAGGAGGGAGAGAAUGAAUCACAAGGCAGCACAGACGGAACACGGACUAUGCCCCCUGAGUUUAUAUGCCAAAGUGCUAACGUUCUGCACGUACAUGAUAGCUGGUCCAUCACCGCCGGCAUCCCGCUGUCACCAGAUGUAUCAUGGGACCGUCUUCAGUGGUGCCGAGUUGAGAUGUGCCCGAGGCUGCGAUCUGUCUUCACUACCUUCCGAGAAAAGGAGUUUAUAAGGUGGAGGACCAGUAUGACUGGGUCCAAGAUAUUUCCAUAUAUGACAACAUUCUGGGCAUCAAGGCUCCCGAUGGCAAAGUACGUUUGGAACUGGAGUUCAGAAGGUCAGCCCGAUGGCUACUACUCGUCGUUUAGGUCCCUGCAGUUCUUGCACCUCGACUACUGCCCUAGAGUCAUCCUCGUGCUCCCCUUGUACAAGUAUAUGGAAUUGCCUCGGCUUGAGACCCUUGAGAUCGUAUGUUGCGGUGAUCUUAGGGAGAUUUUCCCAUUGAACACCAGACCCGAGGAGCAAGAAAUCGUCAAGAAUUUCCCCAGGCUGCGGCGCAUCCACCUCCACAACCUCCCGAUGCUACACAGCAUCUGCGGCCGCAUGAUGUCUGCACCGAUGCUCGAGACUCUCAUUGUCACGGGCUGCCCGGCCCUCAGGCGCGUGCCGGCCGUCGGGGGCCGCCUCGCGCAGCCACCCACGGUGGUGUGCGAGAAGGACUGGUGGGAUGGCCUCGAGUGGGUUGGGCUGGAGGCGAAGCACCACCCUUCCCUCUUCCACCCCAGGCACUCACGCUACUACAGGAAGGCCAAGCUGCUCAGAGGCACCGUCCUCAGGUUAGGUAAUCAAUCAUCAGCCACCAUUGGUAGACGACAAUCACAUGGAGAUGGACGGACCCCUCCACUCCCUAUAUAUGUUGCAGGUUGCAUCGCAUCGGCAUCCAAUGCUGACGACAGCUGA